ACGCGAACACAGGUUGACUUCAUGGACGCUCCUACACUCAGUCAUGAUCAUUUUUAUACUUUACCUCAUGGAAACAUUUCAGCACCUGCGAUCACUGCAUGCAUGUCUGAUAUUUCUGCUCAUCUCAACAAUCGGCAAAGGGUCAGCAUGUGAGGCUCCUUCCAGUCCUCAGUGCUUCCGACAAAACGAAGACGAGACUGUUUACAUCUGUGAAUGGGACUUCAGCACAAAUGAAACCGAUGUGACAUUCGACCUUCACUUAAACGACACUUCGGGCUUUAAAAUACCAUAUCGGAACAUUAAGGAGAACCACAUCCAGCUGAGUGAGGAGCGGCUGAUAGUUGGUUUUAAAGUUGACAUCUGGGUGGAGGCUCAUGCUGGAAACUCCACCUGCACCUCGCCUAAAAGGUCUGGGAUACUGGAACACACAGUUAAAUACGAAGCGCCGCAAAACAUAACCGUGUCUUGGUUGAGAAACAACCUCAGCUUAAGUUGGCAGUCUGAAUAUUUAUCGUUAGCCGAGGUCUGGUUCAGGAAACAUCAGACGGAAUCGUGGGAAAAGAGAAUAAUUAAUACCACCGCUGAGGCUGCGACGCAAAAGCUCAUCAUUAAGAAUCUUCUGAAGAAUACAGCUUACGAGGUUCAAGUGCGACAGCAGUCCAUCCAGGCUGAGAACCCACUGUGGAGCAACUGGUCACCAGCUGUGAUAGUUCCUGCAGAACUUGAACAUCCUCCUGAAGUCAGGAACUCAAUAACACCUUUUAAUGGCACACGACAGGUGACGCUGACUUGGGAGCUGAAGGCCUAUGCAGCAGCAAUCAGAGGCGUGACUUACACUGUGAACGUCACCUAUUGCUCCCCGAGAUGUCCCUGCAAGAAGAAGAGUCACAAAACCAAAGCGACACGCCACACCGUUUAUGUGUCAUACUCCGCCGUCAACAUCACAGUUGUUGCCAGGAACGCAGCAGGGCCGUCUCCUCCGGCAGUCGUGCACGUACCAGCUGUUCCUGCCGCGGAUCUGAAAACUUGCGACAAAACGUUGUUCAACGAGGAUUUAAAAAAAAGGACGUGGCUCGAGUUUUACGAGCUCAAAGACGCAGAUUUGAUACCAGAAAGAGUGUGGUGUUUGACUGCAAGGAGAAUAAAAAAGGAAAGAAAGAAAAUAAAAAAUGACAUGGAGGACUACACACGCUACCUUUACUUUGAACACAGAUGUCAUAAAAGCAAACCACAGACGGUUAAAAUGUGCUACUACUACCAGAAAGAGGGCGCACCAAGAAAAAAGCCAAAUGACUUCAAGCCUGGAUCUGAAAAACACAACUCCGCUGAUCUAUCCUGGAAGGAGUUUUCUUAUGAGGACCUCCGUGGCUUUCUAACACACUACAAAUUAUGUGCUGUAAAAAUAAGCUCACAGAACGAGCCUCCAGUGUGCAUCAACAUAUCAGCAUCAGAGACAAAAUACCAUCUGAAAGGUUUAACACCAGGAACCAAAUACAAUGUCAGUCUGACCGGAGUGACGCAAGCAGGAGAAGGGCCUGUAGCCAUCGAGAGCUUUACCACAGAGCCAGAGAAGCCUUUAAAUGUGUGGAUAAGUUUUGGAUUGCUGUUCAGCUUCUUCCUCUUCUCAACAGUUUGCACCGUCAUCAUGAAGAGGAUCAAAAGUAAGGUCUUCCCUCCUGUGCCGAAACCUGUGAUACCCGACUUUAGUCCUCGUCAGCCAGAGAGUGAGGAGAUGUGGGAGAGAAAAGAGCGAGUAGACGAGCUCACGCUGCACCAGAUCGUUCCGGAGGAGAGGCCCGAUCCGGUGGAGGCCACGCUCCUGACGGGGGACUGGGAGGACGGCACGGAGUGGCGGGUGGAGAAAGACGGGGGCUGCUCAGAGGGGUCUGACGACAGGCGCUCGAGUCUCGCCUCGCUAGAUGAGACUCAGAGGCAAGCAGAGUUGAAGGACCUGGAACAGGUGGAAACUGAGCUGGCCAUGCUGACAUACAAGAACGGUUUGGUGUUCGGUGUGAAGUCUGACACAUUACUCUGACACCUCUAACCUGGGUUCCACUCCCAGUUGCGUCAGGAAGAGCAUCUGGUGUUAAAAACUGCCAAGUCCACUUGCAGGUAGUUUCGGGGAUUGCAACGGCGAUGCCUGGAAAAAAGGGAGCAGCUGAAAGGAUUGACUUUGACACAUUAUCUGCCUCAACAGCACAAAGCUUUGCACAAACUCGACUUUGUUACUGACAUGUGUUUACCUUUGUGAAAGUGCGUUUUGUACUUGAAUUACUUUUGUAUUUAUGUUGUUGUUUUUUCUGUGCAUUUUCUGCAAGUCAUUCAUGUUUAAUGAAUGAUAUAAAUUAAAUCAGGGGCUAGUACAGUUGCAGAAAGGGCAAAAAAUAACUGCUGCUUGAUAUCUUGCAACGAACGCAGCGAGUGUUUGCAAACAUGCCACUGGUUCCACGGGUUCUUGAUCGGAUCAAAAGUCACUUACACUGUCUCUCAGAUGUUGAAAAAUCCAUUUGCACAUGUUUUUAGCUUCUCUGAGGUGUUUGCUUGUACAGUCAUGCAUAUUGCAUAGUUUUCUCACAUGGUUCUGGAAAUCGGGUGCUGUCUUUCCACUAUAUAAAUUGAAUAUUGCAUUUUAUUUUUACACAAUGUCAGCAUCUUUAACUGAAUGCCUUUUUUAUCAAUUAAGAAAUGCACAAUAUCUUUUUUGGUUAUCUGCUAAAUUCAUUCCCUUCUGCUUUACAACGUCAUGUUAAAUGAGCUUUUUCAAAAUGCAUAUUACUUGAUCUAAUGUGUAACUCUGGCCUAUCCCGUCUACGUGUUUUUCCCCAAUGUCACGUCCAAAUUUUCCCAUUGUGGGACAAUAAAAAUGAAUAUAUUUCUA